AUGAAAUGCUCACAAUGCAAAAUCGAAAAACUUUCCAAGGAGUUUUUUUCGUCUACAAUUACUGAACGUUGUCAACACGUUACUUCUUUUUGUUUGAGGUGUUUAAUAACUCAAUUAAACGCAGGACCAAAACAAAAUUGCCCAGAAUGUAAUCAAAAACUUGGACCCGAGGAAUUAAAAGCUAUAAGCUUAGCAUGGGAUAAAGCACCUUUUAAGGUUGAUAUCGAUAGCAUUGGCAGCGUAGUACCAACAAAUCAACCGUCUGAUAAUUCUCAAGGUGCAGCAGCGACAGGAGUUAUUUACAUAGCUUCUUUGGAUGGGACAAAACGUACAUUCCAAAUCAAAGAUAUAAAGACCAUUGUCGCUUUACGAGGUUUGAUUAAAAAUGAAUUCAAAGUUGACCCUAUGAAACAAAAAUUGAUUUUUAAUGGAAAAGAAUUGCAGGAUUAUACUGAUUCGAGACAGAGCACAUUAUCAGAUUUCGGUGUAGUGCCUGGUGGUUUAAUACAACUCAUUGUGGUUCUUUAUAGCAUUUCAAAAGCAGAAGCGAUCAAGAAUUUGACAUUUGAUUUGUUCUGGGACUAUCCAACAAGUGGUGCCACUGAUUAUUUGGAUGGAACUUGUUUGGUUUAUGCAGGUGUUGCUCUUUGGAAAAAAUAUGAUUAUGCUUCGGUUUUUUAUCCUAAAUUUCCUCACAUGAAACAUUCUGGAGAUGUCAUGGAUGGAACUAAUAAAAAAGGCCAUCAAAGAAUCACUGCAAAGCUUGAUCAAUUACCACCGGAAGUAACCCAACUUUAUUUUAUACUUUCAUCAUACUUGGCACCAACAAUUAGCAAUUUUCCUUCAAAAAAUUUCAAAAUGUAUGAUGAAGCUACACCUGACAAAGAAUUGGUAAAAUGUACAUUUGACAAUGCAAACAAUAGUCAAGCUGUUAUAAUGUGUUGUGUACGAAGAGCGCGUGAUGGAAUGUGGGAAGUAAUUCCAAUAAAUAGGGCGGUAGGUGGAAAUGUCAAUAAUUAUGAUUUGAUUGAAAUUGGAAUUGGCGAAGUUGGAUUAAUGUAUUAA